AUGAAGACACUUUUUUUCUUUCUAACUAUUGCAGUUUUGGUUUCAUCAUGUACAUCAAAUAUCAUGACAAAAUCUAUUUUAGAAGGAAAAACUCAGUUUUCUAUCCCUUCAUUAAGCUCUACUAUUGAUCCAGCAUACGAACAUAUUGGACAUUUUCCCGAUGACAUGAAAAUUAUCUUUUGCCAACAAUGUGCAUUUCAUUGUAUUGAGAAAAAGAAGAAUAUACCUCAUUGUGAAAAUUCUAUUUGUCGUUGUACAUUGGAAAACAUUUUGUAA